CCUCACAGCGCGCCUGCCGCCAUUUUGGCUGCGGUCGCGUCGCUUCCGCUGCCGCCCAGUAAACAGGGAAAGAGGGAGGGGAGCGGCGGGACGGGACGGACGGGCAGACACACGGACAAACCGAAGGACAGGCGGACGGCGACGGCUGCCGUGGAGGGGCUCAUGUGGCCGGAGCGGAGGCGUCAGCGCGGCCCGAGUCCCGGUUGAGGCGAGGCGCAGCGGGGAGCCGCCAGAAUGAAACGAGGGAGGAAAACUGAUGAGGCCAACAACAGUUCAUCUGAAGAGACGAGUGAGAAAGAAUCCAAGAGACACAAGAUCGUAGAUGAGAAGGCCAUAGUCGCGCAGAGUCCUGACUGGGGUAACCUGCUCCAAGACAUUAUCCUGCAGGUAUUUCAGUACCUGCCCCUUCUGGAUCGUGCUCAUGCAUCACAGGUCUGCCGAAGCUGGAACCAAGUGUUCCACAUGCCUGAUCUCUGGAGAUGUUUUGAGUUUGAACUGAAUCAACCAGCCACGUCUUACCUGAGGGCUACGCAUCCUGAAUUAAUCAAGCAAAUAAUAAAGAGGCAUUCCAAUCACUUGCAGUAUGUAAGCUUCAAGGUGGACAGUAGCAAGGAAUCUGCAGAAGCAGCUUGUGAUAUUUUAUCACAGCUUGUGAACUGCUCUUUGAAAACACUUGGACUAAUUUCAACAGCCCGGCCAAGCUUCAUGGAUUUACCAAAGUCUCACUUUAUUUCUGCACUGACCGUGGUGUUUGUAAACUCCAAAUCGCUCUCUUCGCUUAAGAUUGAUGACACACCAGUAGAUGAUCCAUCUCUCAAAGUGCUAGUGGCUAACAACAGCGACACGCUCAAACUGUUGAAAAUGAGCAGUUGUCCUCAUGUUUCUCCAGCUGGUAUCCUGUGUGUGGCUGACCAGUGUCAUGGCUUACGUGAACUGGCGCUCAACUACCACCUGCUGAGCGAUGAGCUGCUGCUCGCUUUGUCUUCUGAGAAACACGUCAGGUUGGAACACUUGCGCAUUGAUGUUGUCAGUGAAAACCCUGGGCAGACUCAGUUCCACACCAUUCAGAAGAGCAGCUGGGACGCUUUCAUCAAGCAUUCUCCUAAAGUAAACUUAGUAAUGUACUUUUUCUUGUACGAAGAAGAGUUUGACCCAUUCUUUCGCUACGAGAUACCCGUCACUCACCUUUACUUUGGAAGGUCAGUAAGCAAGGAUGUGCUUGGCCGUGUUGGGAUGACGUGCCCUCGGUUGGUGGAGCUGGUUGUGUGCGCCAAUGGAUUGCGGCCUCUGGAUGAGGAGCUGAUCCGUAUCGCUGAGCGGUGCAAGUACCUGUCGGCUGUCGGGCUAGGGGAGUGUGAAGUCUCUUGCAGUGCCUUCGUCGAGUUUGUGAAGAUGUGCGGCGGUCGUCUCUCUCAACUUUCAAUUAUGGAGGAAGUUUUGAUUCCUGACCAGAAAUACAGCUUAGAGCAGAUCCACUGGGAAGUUUCAAAGCAUCUCGGUAGAGUCUGGUUCCCGGACAUGAUGCCCACAUGGUAAAGUCCUUAAAAGACUUCAGGGCAGACGGAAUAGCACCUUAAACCCAAGCUCAUCACGUUGCAGUUAACUGUGCAAGCUUACUUAAUACUCUAGUUUAUUACUGUAAGCCACUGCAUUGUUUGAUGGAAAAUAACUUAUCAUUUAAAAAUUAUUUAUGAAAUCCAGAGUUAAAAAUGGAAAUCACAAAUCACUCAACCCCUUUUUCAUUCAAACAAAAUCUGCUUUCUGUUUUAGAUUUUUUUGAAUGACGGCUCAAAUUUUUAUGGAAAAAAUCAAGCAUUGAAAUGUACCUGCAUACUCUUAGUCUCAAUAUCCCAUCCUUUGAUUUUUAUAUGCUAAUAUUGAACGCAAUUGGAUUUGAUCUAAAAGCAACAUAAAUUGCAUGCUCUGUAGACUCUGGCAAUUCUAAAUCCAGUUACCUAGAUAACAGGAUUAAUAUUAUAAGGAAAAUUGAGGAGGAUCUGAAAUACACAUUCUUUUAUGUAAGAGUUGUAAAAAGCAAGAGCAAUACACAAUAUUCUGUUAGGUAAUUAAAAUACUAAAUUUGCUACCUUAACUCAGCAGACUAUUAGAUCCAUCUAAAACGUAUUUAGAGUGCAAACAGACAGUAGUGAAAGCUACUACAAGUGGUUUGCUUUUCCUUUUUUCUUCUAGACGUUUUAAUACAGUUUGCUUAUGGGGUCUCAGAUUCACGUCUAAACCUGUUUUAAGGUAUUUUAUGUCUAGCUCAGGAAGCGCAAGCAUUCUGGGGAAAAAUGUAGAUACAUUGUAUUUAAAAACAUUGGAGUUAAUGAGCUCUUCCUGCACAUUAACUGGUUUUGCAGCAUAUGGUUAGAUGGAGUGAUGUACAGUUUAUUAAAUAGACGCUGCAGUGUUUAGUGGGAUGACAUGGACGUCAAUAGUGUGAGAUGAGAAAGGUAAAACUUUGGUGACCAAGAACCUUUUAACUAAGUCCUAGAUACAUUGGUUGCUUUCAGUUGGAAGAAUAACGGUAUUGUAACUUGCUUAAGCUGUAUAAAUUAAUUGUACACUGUAAAUCUGUUUCAGAAAUGUUUAUGUAUAAAGUGAAUGUUUGAUAGAUGAUCAUUUUGUAUACCUUUUAAUUCAGCUAGUUCAAUCAUUUCAUAUUUAAAAACCUCAAAGCAGUAAACUUGUAUGAAGUAGAGCAAUAGGCAAAAAUUUGUUUUGCAUAUUUGGUAAAUGAAUCUUUUUUGUUUUGGAUAUUUGCUAAAUCUUUUUAAAAAAAGUUUUAGUCUUAAGUGGUGUAGGCAACAUGCAGCCUGUGGUCUGGGUGUGGCUUGUGACUUCAUUUCUUACUGCCAACAGUUACGUUAUUUUUUCCUCUACACUAUUGAUUGGUAACACUAAAGUAUUGAUGUGACUGAUGAAUGUGAUUUUGAAAGGUGUGAUGGGCCGUCAGCAAGGAAAGCCUCUCCGGCUGUACUGAACUUAGCUGGUGGCUUCUCCUUGCUGGAGCUGUACAGCUAAUUCUGGUAACGAGUAGAUUUCUAAUGUCUGAUUUCAGUAACGUUUAUCCAAAUGCAAAGUUCAACGGUAAUACACUUAUGAGCAUAUUUAAGUUCAUAACUAUAUUUUGAGCAAGCACUGCUCAGUGGACGGGAUGUCUUUAUAGGGGAGUUACAUUUCUGUAGAGCUGUGUGAUUUAAAAAUCGCAUUUUAUGAAAUACACAUUUUUGUAUUAGAAUUUGUUAAUGUAAUACUAUAAUUUGCUUUUAUUUGUAUAAAAGGUGUCAACAUAUAUAGCCCGUGACAUUAAAAGAAAAACAACACCAAAACAAAGC